GGAGGGCUCUUCCUGUGUCAUGGCGCCGAAGAACUUUCCCCUCGCACAUUGCACAUUGUACCCUGGCUGGAUACGCUGCUUUCUGUGAACUCUACAAGCUAUAGCCUGUAUUAGAAAUACCCUAGCAGAUCCUCAAGCUGCGCAAUGGAGUCAAUGACCUUUGAGGAUGUGACUGUGAGCUUCACCAGUGAGGAAUGGACUUUGCUCAAUGCAUUCCAAAAGAAGAUCUACAGAGAUGUGAUGGAGGAAACCUUUCAGAACAUUGUAACAAUAGAGAGACUCUUGGAAAACCAGAAAGUGGAAGAAGACUGCAAUAACUAUUGCAGAAAUAUAAGAAAUGAUGACAGUGAGAAAUGCCAUCAAUAUGAAGGUUGGAAUCAGCAUAAAGAAUGCUUCCUCUGCAAUCAAGAUGCUAAUGUCUAUUUGAAAUUAUGUGGUUUAAUUCCAAUUGAAAGUCUUUCUUGUAGAAAGCUUCAGAUUGGGCCUUUUUCAAUAAAUAUGCCCAUCAGAGCUCACAGUGGAGUAAAUCCAGAUGAGUAUUUUGAACUUAAAGGAAAACUGUUUAAAUGUAAUGAAAAUAGAAAAAACUGUGAUGAUUUGCCAUCCAUUCAGAAUCGUGCAAGGACAGAGGCUGGCAAGAAACAAUGUGAACAUGAUCAGUGUGAGACAUCCUGCUCUGGUCUUAGUGAAAGAACUCAUCUUAGAAACAAAAUGUUUGUAUGUCCCAAAAAGCUUAAUGUCUCCAGCAACCCCAGUGAUGUUGAGAUCUAUCAGACAAACCAGAAGGGGGAUAUACCCUCUGUAGGUAAGCAAUGUGGGAAAGCUUUCAGCACACAUACUAUUUCUCAACAAGAUGAAACAAUUCAGAUGGAGGAGAAAAAGUAUGUAUAUAAGCAAUGUGGGAAAGCUUUUAGCACACAGAGUUCUUGCAAACUACAUGAAAAAUCUCACAUUGGUGAGAAACCUUAUGUAUGUAAGCAAUGUGGGAAAGGUUUCAGCACACAGAGUUAUUGUAAAGUACAUGAAAGAUCUCACACUGAUAAGAAACCUUAUGCAUGUAAUCAAUGUGGGAAAUCUUUCAGCACACAGAGUUACUGUAAAGUACAUGAAUCAUCUCACACUGGUGAGAAACCUUACAUAUGUAAGCUAUGCGGGAAAGCUUUCAUCACACAGAGUUCUUGCAAACUACAUGAAAAAACUCACACUGGUGAGAAACCUUAUGUAUGCAAGCAAUGUGGGAAAGCUUUAAGCACAAAGGAGAAUUGGAAACUACAUGAAAAAUCUCAUACUGGUGAGAAACCCUAUGUAUGUAAUCAAUGUGGCAAAGCUUUCAGCAAACAGAGUUAUUGCAAAUUACAUGAAAGGUCUCACACGGGUGAGAAACUUUAUGUAUGUAAGCAAUGUGGAAAAGCUUUCACCACACAGAGGAAUUGUAAAGUACAUGAAAGAUCUCACACUGGAGAGAAACCUUAUGUAUGUAAACAAUGUGGGAAGGCUUUCAGCAAACAGAGUUAUUGUAAAGUACAUGAAAAAUCUCACACUGGUGAGAAACCUUAUGUAUGUAAGCAAUGUGGAAAAGGUUUCAGCACACAGAGUUAUUGUAAAGUACAUGAAAGAUCUCACACUGGUGAGAAACCUUAUGUAUGUAAUCAAUGUGGGAAAGCUUUCAGCAAACAGAGUUAUUGCAAAUUACAUGAAAGGUCUCACACUGGUGAGAAACCUUAUGUAUGUAAGCAAUGUGGAAAAGCUUUCACCACACAGAGGAAUUGUAAAGUACAUGAAAAAUCUCACACUGGUGAGAAACCUUAUGUAUGUAAGCAAUGUGGAAAAGCUUUCAGCACGCAGAGUUAUUUUAAAGUACAUGAAAGAUCUCACACUGGUGAGAAACCUUAUGUAUGUAAUCAAUGUGGGAAAGCUUUCAGCACACAGAGUUACUGUAAAGUACAUGAAAUAUCUCACACUGGUGAGAAACCUUACGUAUGUAAGCAAUGUGGGAAAGCUUUCAUCACACAGAGUUCUUGCAAAUUACAUGAAAAAUCUCACACUGGUGAGAAACCAUAUGUAUGUAAUCAAUGUGGGAAAGCUUUCAGCACACAGAGUUAUUGUAAAGUACAUGAAAGAACUCACACUGGAGAGAAACCUUAUGUAUGUAAGCAAUGCGGGAAAGCUUUCAGUAUACAGGACUAUUGUGAAAUCCAUGAAAGAACUCACAUGCAUGAGAAGUCUUAUAUGUAAGCAAUGUGGGAAAGGGUUCAGCAGAAGCCAGGAUUUUCAAAUCCAUGAAAAAAAUCCCAUUGGAUAGAAACCCUAUGAUUAUAAGGAAUACUGGGAAAGCUUUCAGCAGUAGCAGUAACAGUAAUGGUCAAAGACCUUGAAAAGGCUCACAAUAGAGAGAAACUGUACGUGUGUAAGUUGGUAAGGCUUUCAGUACACAAAAUUAUUGUCAAAAAUGUGAAAGAGUACACAGUGUAAAAACCCUAUGUAUAAUAAAUAAAUUCAGUAGUGUAGCUGGAUAGAAAAUCAAUACUCAAAACUCAAUAACAUUUCUAUACACUAACAAAAUGACAGAGAGAGAAAUAAGAGAAGGCACACCCUUCACACUAGCAACCAAAAAAUGAAAUGUUUAGGAAUUAUUCUCAUGGCAAAAGUGAAAGAUUAAUAUAGGGAGAAUUAUAAUGCACUAAAAAAGAAAUUGAAGAGGAUCACAGAAAAUGGAAAGACAUCACUUGCUUAUGGAUAGGAAGAAUAAAUAUUGUGAAAGUGGCCAUUCUCCCAAAGCUGUUAUAUGAAUUCAAUGCAAUCCAAGUUAAAAUACCAUGAACAUACCUUGUAGAUCUAGAGAAAUCACUCCUAAAAUUCAUCUGGAACCUGAAGAGACCUACAAUAGUAAAGACAGUUUGAAGGGGGAUGGGAAUUUAGCUCAGCAGCAUAAGCACCUGCCUUACAACAGGCAGUUGUGAGUUUGAUCCCGGGUACCAAUAAAAAAAAAAAAAUUCUAAGUAGCAAAGGCAAGACAGGAGGCAUCACAAUCCCUGACUUAAAGUUAUACUACAAAGCAACUGUAGUAAAAUCAACAUGGUACUGGAACCAAAACAGAGCCGAAUAUCAAUGGAAUAGAUUAGAAGAUACAAGCACAACUAAAAACACACUCAACCACCUUAUGUUUGAUAAAGGGGCCAAACAUGUCCACAGGAAGAAUGACAGUCUCUUUAAUAAAUGGUAUUGGAUAAACUGGCUCCUCGUGUGCCUAAAACUAAAAAUAGACACAUGCAUAUCACCAUGUAUUAAAUUAAAAUAUAAAUGGAUCAAACAUCUGAAUGUAAAAAAUAAACACUAAAUCUAUUGGAAGACAAAUUGAGUAAAAACCUUGAAGACAUAGGUGUAGGUAGAGAAUUCAUGACAGGAAUCAAACUGCAUGGGAAAUAUUUCCCAGAAUCAACACCUGGGAUAAUGUAUUAUUAAAAAGUUUCUGCACAUCAAAAGAAAUCUCUAGAAUAGUGAAAAGAAAAUGUAUAAACUGGGAAACAAUCUUAGUGAACUGUCCGUCGGACAAAGGACUUCUGUCUAAAACAUAUAGUGAAUUUUUAAAAAUCAGAUAUCUAAAAUUUAAAGAUUCAAUCCAAAAAUGGUCAUCUGAGAUGAAUACACAAUUCUCAGAUGAAGAAAUACAAAUGGCAAAUAUUAUGUAAACAAAUAUUCAUCAUCAUUACUCAUAGAGAAAUGCAAAUUAAAACCACACUGAAAUUCCAUCUCACUCCUGAAAGAAUGGCCAGGAUCAAGAAAACUACCAAUAAUAAAUGGUGGAGAAGCUGUGGGGAAAAAGGAACUCUCCUGCACUGUUGAUGGGUGUGUAGACUGGUGCAACCAUUGUGGACGUCAGUCUGCAGAUUUCUCAGAAAGUUGGCAUUGGAGUUAUCAUUUGUUCCCGCUAUUCCUCUUCAAGACAUAUUCCCAGAAGAACUGAAAAUAUAGCAAAGUGAUAUAUGUGCACCCAUGUUUAUAGCAAUACAGUUUGUAGUAGCCAGAUCUUGGAAACAACCUAAGUGUCCAUCAACGAGGACACUUGAUAAAAAAAAAAGUUGUGAUAUUUUAUACAAUGGUGUACUACUUGGCUAUAAAGAAUGAUCACAUUGAGUUAUUUAUAAAUAAAUGUGCACAGCUUGAGACCACACUCAUAAGUGAAAUAAAUCAAACUCACAUAUAUAAAUGCCAAAUAGUUUUCCUAAUGUAAGAAAUGGUAAGAAUACAUAAAAAUAUGUGGUAAUCAUGAUUCCCCAUAAUAUUGCUUUUGAAGCUUCAUAAUUUUUUCAUUCAUGAAUUUGAAUGGUUUCCUUCUGGGUUGUUUGAUUUUAUUGUCUGUGAUGGUAGGAACAGCUUUUUUGAAGAAAACAAGACAUAAUAGCUAGUGCUGAUUUAAUAUCAUCUUGUUUUAAAGUCCCACUAGGAUUUUGUUCUCUCUGCAUCAAUUUUAUCAUGUUAUAUCUUAUUGGAUUUUAUUAUAUGUGAUAGUAUAAACAAAAAUUUUUAUAGAUAAGGAAAUAAUAUAGCAACCAUUGUUCAUUUUCUGUUAGUUGGUUCUUAAUAUCCUGUAAUACUUUCAUUCUCUUGAAUGGUUUCACAUUGUCUUUUUAUAUUUGAUACCAUGGUAUAUGAAGGUAUACUCAAAUAUUUCAAGGAAACAGACACUAUGGGUAGCUACUUUUAUGUCGGGUAGUCUUGUGAUGAAACACUGUGUUGCUUAAAUUGUUCUGUUCUGACCUGUGUCCUCUUUUAAUCUUUUUUUCAAAAUAAAAAUUAAAAACCCUAUAUAUGCUAGCAAUGUAGAAAGAGAUUUUCUAAGUGUUAAUUACAUACACAUUAUGAAGCUAAUUGAGGAGAAGCCCUGUGUGCAUAAACAAUGUGGAAGAACAUUCAGUGCACACAAGUUAACUACAUGACUAUAUAUAUUUUAUGUCAAAUCAAAAAGCAUCAUGGGAAGAAACUAUAUGUAAGCUGAUUAGGAAAAGCCCAUAAAGAUGUUUCAUUUAGUGAAAUUCUGUAGCAAUAAAACAAAGCAUUCUAUGUCAAUGUUUCCUCACAAAUGUUCCAGAGAAAACAAAUCCCAGCUGAAGAUAUGAGAAACUACAUACAUUGAGUGGUUUCAAUAUAUCACAUAUAUGAAUUAUUUAUGUGAAGUGUUUAAAAAUAUUGAGUAGACUGAAUGAGGUGUUUUUAUCUGAGUGUCUGAGCUUAGUCCGUAAUGUCCUAAUGAAGCAUGGUUGAUCCAAAUGUAAUUUUUACUUUCAAGUACCAUUUAUGUUUCAUGUUUGUUUUUAUUUUAUCCUUAAUAUUGGGAAAAAUAGGCCAUUAGACAUCUUUUGUAAUUGUUACCAUUAGAAUUUUGCACUAUUUUUAAAAAUUUUUGUGUGGGUUUUCUAUAUUCUGUGUAAGGAACAUUUUUAAUUAGAUGCUAUAUUUUCUACUGAUACCUAUUUUCAAAGACAUGUCAACAUGAGUUUUUGACAAAGUUGAAUUGUGUUCACACACCUUGUAGAUUAGCAAAUUUUGUUUUUCAUAUGACAUGACAAAGUUCCUGCUUUUACACCAACAGUGGUGUAUAUUGUGUCAUGUAAAUAUGUUGCAUCCUUUUCUUUCAAUACAUUCAUUUCCAUAAAGUUUUAUUUUUUUCUCAUAAAAUUUUUUAUAUUUACAUUGCAAUGCCUUAAUUUUCUUUUCUGGUAUCUUUUAAGCACAGAUACCAAACAUAGGCUAUAUUGCUCAAUGUUUUUCACUGCCAGUAUCCCACUGUUGUAGAAUUCAAGAUAUCAGACCUCGGGGAUUGGACUUUAGAACCUGGCUGGGGGCAAUCAGGGGCAUGAAAACAAUCAGCAAAUUAUAACAAUGUUGGAAGAAGACAGAAUUUAGGAACCCCGUAAGAGCAAGAUGACAUAAACUCUUCACAGUACAUAGCUUUCAAUCUUGCCUCUAGAAGAACAACAACAUAUAGAUACAGUGGAAGAGGGGCAACUUUGGGGGGAGAUUAUCUCUAACUCCCAUUUCAACACAUGACCAUAACUUGCCUUUAUAGGAAAUCAUUAUUUACAGUAAUCUGUCCAGAAUAUAUCAAUCAUGGUAUAACACCCAUGGUUUCAAUGCAAUGUUCAUCUUGUUGGACCUUUUCUCUGGAGCAUGUUUGUUACUGGAUUUUAUGAGAUAAUGCCUUGUUCUAUUCCAUGAUACUUUGAUGCCAUAAUGUAUUUUGUAAUUGUUUUUACAUAGGAAGCUAUAAUAUUGACAUGAAGGAAAACCAGUGUCCUCACAUGUCAGUGAACUCAUUAAAAACACAAAUAUCUGAAAUUGUUAUUUAUACUGUGUUCUUGCCUAUUUUUGGAUACAUUUCUAUGAUGAUAUUUUUAAUUGAUUGUAAGGUCAAUCCUCUAAGGUUUUUUUUUAAAGAGUAAAAUUAAACAUAACAAAGCAGAUCAUAAGAUAACAAUGUAAAAGACACAGAUUUUAAAGCAAGAAAACUGGAGAUCUUCACUGUGUAUCAUUAUGUUUUCUUCUGAAUAGUUGUCCAUAUCUUCACAUGUAAUGAAUUCAUACAAAACAAAGUAGUAAAGACCUGACCAGAACUGGAUGAUGAAGGCAUUUUAGAUCUUCAAGACCAGAUAAUAAAUAAUUCAAAAAUA